AUGUCUGAUCUACAAUUCGUCAUCGACAGCAUCGACGAAUCGCAUGCCUCUGCUUCUGGCACCUCAUCCGAGCAGCACUUGAUGACCCAGAAAGCUUCCCUCGAAGGACGCAUGAGACAGAUCUGCGAAUACAUCCAAACCAAGAGAUCCUACAUCGACUUCCUCAGUGACUACGCUGCCCUGCGCGUUGAGGAGCACAAAGAUCUCGACAGACUAAUCAAAGACUAUCAACUCUACUCGCCAAACCUCGAUGGCUCGAUUCAAGAGAUUCUGGAAAGAGUUGCAGACACGACUGAAAACGGCAAUGUGUUUCUUACUCAUUUGGCCAAGCGUGAAAAAGAUGAAGUCUCGAUGCUCAUCUCUCAGGUCAAAGAGGUGUAUACGCAGUGGUUGCCAUUGAUGCUUGAGAAGUUGAAGGAAAAAUGUCAGAAGUCUAAGUCUGGAAAGUCGAAGUUGGGCAAAGAGGACACCAAGGUCUAG